AUGGACGCUAAAGGACUCCCGAUUGUCCACAGAUUCGUGACGGACCACAACAGCGAUGUCAAAGCAGUCUUCAAUAAGGCCUUCGAUGAGCCUUUGGGGUGGCAAGUCAUAGGCAACAAAGCAGAGUUUGCAUUUUCUUAUGCGACCAAUAAAUAUCCUGUCGACCUGAACGACGACAAAGACAUCGAUACCUACAAAAAAUAUCAACAAGAUCUCCUUGGUCUGACUAUUCCCGGUGGCACGGUCUUGCGUUAUGUCGACAUGCCCCCCGGGUCAACGUCACCUAUGCACCGUACUGUGAGUCUCGACUACGGAGUCGUUCUCGAAGGGACUGUGGAAUGA